AUGAACAUUGCAGGCUACCUCUUCAUCUCCCCAUGGAUCAUCAAAUUUCUGACGCUCAACGCCGGCGCGAUGCUUGCCUCGUUUGGGAUCAGCCUCUUCAAGACGGACUUUUUCACGACUUUCGAAUUCAUCGGUCUUAAGAACUACACGAGGUUGUUCAGCGAUCCCCUGUUCUGGAAGAGUCUCUCGGUCACCGCAUAUUACGCCUUCGGCAUGGUGCCGCUUGCGCUCGUCUUCUCGCUCGUGAUCGCUUUGCUGCUGAAUCAGGGCAUCAAGUUGCAGGGGGUCUAUCGCGUCGUCUAUUAUCUGCCCUCGAUAGUUUCGGGCGUUGCGGUCGCCAUCCUGUGGAAGUAUCUGCUCCAGCCGCGCUGGGGGUUGAUCAACCAGGGAUUGGCGCUGGUGGGGAUAGAGGGCCCGAAGUGGCUCUUUUCCACGACGUGGGCGAUGCCUGCCUUCAUACUGAUGGGGGUUUGGGCAGCGGGCGGGAAUAUGCUGCUGUACUUGGCAGGUCUGCAGGGGAUUCCGACCGAUCUGUACGAUGCGGCCUCUAUAGACGGGGCCAACGCCUGGCAUCGCUUUUGGCGGAUCACGCUGCCGAUGCUGACGCCGACCAUCUACUUCAAUCUUAUCAUCAGCAUUAUCGGGGCGUGGCAGAUCUUUACACAGUCUUUCAUUAUCACGGCGGGAGGGCCUGACAACUCCACGUUGACGAUGGUUCUUCUGCUGUACCGCAAGGGAUUCCAGCAGUUCCACUUCGGAUAUGCUUCGGCCAUUGCCUGGGUACUCUUCGCGAUCGUGAUGCUCUUGACGGUGCUGGUAGUGCGCAGCUCGGAGGCUUGGGUCUACUACGCGGGAGAAGUAAGAGGAUGA